AUAUGGCUAUCCUAUUGCACACGAUACAAGAGAAGAAGAGAAAUAUUUUCUUCCGUCUUAUGCUUACCAGUCACUGCUCUGGUGCAGAGUCGCAGCAUCCGCAGUUUGUUAAGGGGAGAAAGACACAACUAGAAAGGAGUAAUCAUGCCGAUGUUCACGGUGAACACCAACGUACCUAAAAGCGAUGUACCGGCGGCUAUGCUGUCCGAGGCCACUGAGGAGCUGGCCAAAGCUAUGGGCAAACCUGCACAGUACAUCGCUGUGCAUAUCAACCCUGACCAAAUGAUGAUGUUUGGAGGAAAGGGAGACCCCUGCGCACUCUGCUCCCUCCACAGUAUUGGCAAGAUCAGUGGUGCUCACAACAAGCAAUACUCUAAACUCCUGUGUGGACUGCUCAACAAACACCUGGGCAUCUCUCCUGACAGGAUUUACAUUAACUUUGUAGACAUGGAUGCAGCCAAUGUGGCCUGGAACAACACUACCUUUGGCUGAGAUGGAGGUCAACACAAUGAAAUAGAAGAUCAUUCCAGUAUUGUCCUAUAUGUACGAACAUAGUUCAAACUGAAAAAAAUCAAGAGGCAAAGACACCUGGUAAUUCAAUGGCCAAUAUUCUGUAUGACUCUUAAAAGCACUUAGCUGGACCCUUUAGAUUUGCACUGAUCCCUUUUCCAGUAUAAUGCUAUAAAACAAACCCUGCAGACCAUACUAUAAUCUCUGUUUUCCUUGGUUUUCUGACUGACAAAGACACACUACAUUUCACAAGCUCCGUUUAAAAAAAAA